GAUUAGACAUCUUCUGCGAGGAAGAAUGAAUUUCAGGAGCUCUCACUAAAUCAGACAAAGACAUUCAGUCCCUCUGACGGAGCAGGGCAAACUGAGUGGGCAUACAAGUUACCUGGAGAAAGAGAGAGAUGGAUGCAGAGGCUGAAGAUAAAACGCUACGUACUCGCUCUAAAGGAACCGAGGUGCCAGUGGGUUCUCUAAUCCAGGAACUCAGCGCUGCGUGUGGUUGCUCCACGGCAAAGAAGAGGAGAGCUGAGGAGCAGGCCUUGGGGGUCCCGGUCAACAAGAGGAAAUCCCUGCUGAUGAAGCCCCGACACUACAGCCCCAGCACAGACUGCCAAGAAGACAGUGGGGACAGGACCGAGGAGGACAGCCUCAUGGAGACACAAGAUCACUCCGCUGCAGAAGAAAUUAUGACCAAACCUAUGGAUGAAAACCUUCAUUCAACUGCACAAGAAAACUCCAAUGAGAAGGAAGACAGAUACACUUGUUAUCAAGAGCUCGUGGUCAAAUCUUUCAUGCAUUUGGGGAAACUUAAAAACAAUGUGUCUGUUCAGGCCAUAAGUGAAAACUUAAAUGACAGUGGCAUCCAGUCUUUAAAAGCAGAGAGUGACAAAGCAGAUGGGUGCUUUAUGAUUCAUUCUGACGAUGGGAGAGACAAGAUCAAUGAUGCACAGGCACCGUUCUGCUCCUCUGAUGACAACGAAAGUAACUCUGAAGCUGCAGAGAAUGGCUGGGAUAGUGGCUCCAACCUCUCGGAAGAAACCAAACCACCUAGAGUCCCAAAGUAUGUUUUAGCUGAUAAUCAAAAAGACUUCUUGGAAGUUCCCGACAUAAAAACGGAAGGUGAGAAAUUUAUCCCUUGUGAGAACAGGUGUAAUUCUGAAACAGAAAGGAGAGACCCACAGAAUGCUCAAACGGAAGUCUUGGAUGGCAAAGCCCAGCCUCCCUUCCCUGAGAUGGAGGCAGAAGGUGGCGAGAGCCUGGCAGCCGUGACGGAAGAGUCCAGUGAGCUGAAGAAAGCAAAGGGAAACUUGAGGUUGCUGGAGCAGGCGAUUGCCCUGCAGGCUGAGCGAGGUUGUGUUUUCCAUAACACCUACAAAGAGCUGGACAGGUUUCUACUGGCGCACUUAGCUGGAGAAAGAAGACAAACCAAAGUUAUUGACACGGGUGGAAGACAGAUCUUUAACAAUAAAAAUUCGCCAAGGCCUGAAAAGAGGGAGACCAAGUGCCCCAUCCCCGGGUGCGAUGGCACGGGACACGUGACGGGGCUCUACCCCCACCACCGCAGCCUUUCGGGGUGCCCUCACAAAGUGCGGGUCCCCCUGGAAAUUCUUGCCAUGCAUGAAAAUGUGCUCAAGUGUCCCACGCCAGGAUGCUCCGGGAGGGGCCACGUGAACAGCAACCGUAACACCCACAGGAGUCUUUCUGGUUGUCCAAUUGCUGCAGCUGAAAAGUUGGCAAUGUCCCAGGAUAAAAAUCAGCUUGAUUCUCCCCAAAGCGGGCAGUGCCUCGACCAAACCCACAGGACAAGCUUAGUGAAGCAAAUUGAAUUCAAUUUCCGAUCACAAGCCAUCACCUCUCCCAGAGCGACGGUGUCAAAAGAACAAGAGAAAUUUGGAAAAGUACCGUUUGAUUAUGCCAGUUUUGAUGCUCAAGUUUUUGGUAAACGCUCCCUUGUACAGACAGGGCAAGGACGAAAAACACCACCAUUUCCUGAAUCAAAGCAUUUUUCAAAUCCAGUGAAAUUUCCUAAUCGGCUGCCUAGUGCAGGCGCCCACACACAGAGCCUGAGCCGUGCCAGCUCCUACAGCUACGGUCAGUGCAGUGAAGACACCCACAUAGCAGCAGCUGCUGCCAUCCUGAACCUUUCCACCCGCUGCAGGGAAGCCACAGACAUCCUCUCCAACAAACCACAGAGUCUGCAUGCCAAGGGAGCUGAGAUAGAAGUGGAUGAAAAUGGGACAUUGGACUUAAGCAUGAAAAAAAGUCGGAUCCUGGACAAGGCCGCACCCCCAGCUUCCUCUAACACUUCCAUUCCAACUCCUUCCUCUUCCCCCUUCAAAACAAGCAGCAUUCUGGUCAAUGCAGCAUUCUAUGAGGCCCUGUGUGCUCAAGAGGGCUGGGACACUCCUAUCAACUACAGCAAAACUCCUGGGAAGGCAGAGGAGGAGAAGGAGAAAGACCCAGUGAGCUCUCUAGAAAAUUUAGAAGAAAAAAAGUUUCCUGGAGAGGCCUCUAUACCAAGCCCUAAACCCAAGCUCCAUGCAAGAGAUCUCAAGAAGGAACUAAUCACCUGCCCAACACCAGGCUGUGAUGGAAGUGGCCACGUAACAGGAAACUACGCAUCUCAUCGCAGUGUUUCUGGAUGUCCAUUAGCAGAUAAGACUCUUAAGUCCCUCAUGGCUGCGAACUCUCAGGAGCUGAAGUGUCCAACCCCAGGCUGUGAUGGUUCCGGCCAUGUGACUGGAAACUACGCUUCUCACAGAAGCUUGUCUGGCUGCCCUCGUGCAAGGAAAGGUGGUGUCAAAAUGACCCCAACCAAGGAAGACAAAGAAGACCCUGAACUUAAAUGUCCUGUGAUAGGAUGUGACGGCCAAGGUCACAUAUCAGGUAAAUACACAUCGCACCGAACGGCUUCCGGCUGUCCCCUGGCUGCCAAGAGAGAGAAGGAGAAUCCUCUCAAUGGGGCCGCCCGCCCCUGGAAACUGAACAAACAAGAACUGCCACAUUGUCCCCUGCCAGGCUGCAACGGGCUAGGCCACGUCAACAACGUGUUUGUCACCCACAGAAGCUUAUCUGGAUGUCCUCUCAAUGCACAAGCUAUCAAAAAGGGGAAGGUCUCCGAGGAGCUAAUGACCAUCAAGCUCAAAGCAACUGGAGGUACAGAGAGUGAUGAAGAAAUUAGGCAUUUGGAUGAAGAAAUAAAGGAACUGAAUGAAUCCAACCUUAAAAUUGAAGCAGAUAUGAUGAAACUUCAGACCCAGAUCACGUCCAUGGAGAGCAACUUGAAGACCAUUGAGGAGGAGAACAAACUCAUAGAGCAGAACAAUGAGAGUCUCCUGAAGGAGCUGGCGGGGCUGAGCCAAGCUCUCAUUUCAAGCCUCGCCGACAUCCAGCUUCCGCAGAUGGGACCUAUCAGUGAGCAGAAUUUUGAAGCAUAUGUAAAUACGCUCACAGACAUGUACAGCAAUCUGGAACGGGACUAUUCCCCGGAAUGCAAAGCUCUGCUGGAAAGUAUCAAACAGGCAGUGAAGGGUAUCCAUGUGUAGGAUCACAGCGCUGCUGGGCAACAGACAUUGUCAACAGCAGUCAGCUCCAGAUGGAUCCGUGAGAGGCUCGAGCCCUGCUAAGGCCUGGAGGCUGCCGUGCUGCGUCCACAACUGCAACAUUGCACUAAUUUUUUUUUUCCCCAGCUGGCAUAAAAAGGAAAGAAAAACUAUGAUAAACUCUUCGGAUGAAAAUCCCUGCAGUCGAUUAUUAGAUCUUAUUUAUUUUCCUAUGUUUUUCUUUUAUUUCUUCAUUGCACUCUUGUUUUGUAAAGUAUAUGUAAAAUAAAUGUGACAUUUUUAUAAUUUAUUUAUUACUAAUCAAAGAGUUUUUUAUCUUUUACCUGCAUUUUGAAGUCUGCCAUAUUUUUACAAGUGUGUUUAUUAAUUUAUUUUACAAUAAGAUUUAAAAUAGAAAUGCUAUUCUCAAAUCACCUCUCUUGCUGGGUUUAAAUGAGAAAAACAAAAAGACCGUGAAGGGAAUCCUUAUCUGAGGACUGCACUAUGGCCGAGUUUGGUUGUUAUUGCACAUUUCUCUCCCUCCACCCCCUUCCCCCCACACCCCUGUCACUGGUUUUUGUCUUUAUAAAUGAGUUUGCGGUCAGGUGAGCUGUGUGCAAGGAAUUAGAAGGUAAAUGGUGCCCACUAGUGGGGGAAUCCGCACUCACACAAGCACAGGAUGCUGGGAAACAGCCUGCUCAGAAUUUGUUAGCAAUAAUUAAAUAUAGCAAUCAGCAAAGUAUUCCACUUGGCUGUACGGUUUUAGUUAAUAUGAAUUAUUUAUUUGAAAUGUUUUAAAGAAACAUAAGCUUUUUUUAGUGAUGCACAUUUGUCUGUUUGUUUUUCGAGUCAUAUCAGAUAGUUGGCAACUCUUAUCCCAAGAUGAGAAAUAAGACUUGGUGUGACCAGCCAGGCUUUCCUGCCAUAUGUCGGUACAAUAUACAAGUGACAAUAUUGGUGUAGAUUUGUACUUAGCAAACACAAACACAUCCAAAUAGAAAAUUUUGUAGAUACCAUAUCCCCUGAAAUAGCAUGUAUCUUACUGGGUUGACUGGAAAGAAAUGGAAAAUACAGUAACACGUGCAAAAACGCUCCUCCGAUCUGAGCGGUUACUUCAAACACUGGCAACAUUGGUCUCACCCUCCUUAGGAAACAAGACAACAUUGGAUUUGAUAAAAAUCUUGCCAUAGAACUACAAGUGCUGCAAAGUAUACACGCGCUUGUACACACAGGCACACGUACAUGCACACAGACACUCACCACACCUAAAACUGAGCCCACAAUCUUGAAUUUCUAAAUGGAUCAGAGCUUAGUAGUUGCUAUAGUAAAGGCAAGGUCUAUUUCAGGGAUUGUAAAGUAGUUAUGCAUUGUGUCAAAAGUUUUUUUAUAUUUAUUUUUUUUAAGGAAAAGGUAUAGACAACCAGCUAAACUGCCUUUUUGGUGUGCACACACAUUUCAUGUGCAAAUGUGCCUCUGUGUAAAUGUACACAUGAAGUUAGUGUGGGCUUACUUUUCUGUGCUAUAACAAAAGUGUUUAUUUUUUAUUAGCCUCAUGGAUAUUUAGAUUGAAUGUGAUGGCAUUCAUAGGCUUGGUACAUUCCACUGUUACUACUGUUACCGGCACAAAUGAAAAGUGAGACUCAACAGUAAUUCCACUCCCAUGAGACUGUGGUCCUUGUGAUGCAUUAAAAGUGGGGCUUAUCUUUGGUUUGGGGUUCAUUUGAACUCUUGACUCUUAGCUUAGUGAAAAUGAAAUGUCUGUUCUUAGGUAGGAACGGUGUUAUUUAAAAAUCAAUUUAAAAAAAAAAAAGAGCUACCAUAUGUGCUGUCUAUUAUAAAUGGAACACCAAACAAAAUUUUCUAUUAAAGUAAUGUAUUGGCAAACAUUUUGCUGUACAGUACUUCAUAGAUGCAUACGAAGGAGUUCACUUAUUACAAAAACAAACAUUUAAUUUGCUAAAUAGUUUAACAAGUUUGUUACAUAUUGUAUUUAAUUUAAAAGAAAUCUCUUACCAACGUACAUAUUUAUUACUAUAAUUUCCUAUGACUCGAGGUUAAUUUAUUUGUGUUUGCAUAGUUUGAGCAGGAUGUUUUGUGAGAUAUGUUCGUAUUUAUUCGCCUCCUUUGUACUUGAUGUGUUUUGUAAUGUGCACUGAAUUAUUUUUUCUUUUCAACUAUGUUAAUGAUCAAUAUUGUAAAUUGGGUCUUUUGUAAACAGCAAAAAAGGCAAUGAUGUUUGCAUUUUUUAAUUUGAAGUAGUUUGUUUGUACACUGUUUCUCCAAACACUUACUAUUUCUUACAUCAAAGCAACAAAAUUGUGUUCAGUGCUGUACAUUUGGUGUAUGGUAGGAAAUAAAAAUUGGUAACGA